UCUCGAGAAAAUAAAAAAAUUGUGAAUGUUUGUGUUUAUUAACAGAAAUUCCAAGUAGUUGUCAAUGAUCCCAUAAAUUGGGCCAAGGCGCCUAGCACACAAGAGCUGAGGAUGAUGCCAGAGGUGCAUCGUGCUGGUAAUUUUCCGCCACAAAUAGGGAUGAAUCUGUUACAAGCCAACCAAAACCCCACGACCCCACCACACCCUCUCACUUCCCAGCUACAGUGUCCUCACAGUGACAAGAAAACGAGUCAGUGAGAGAGAGCCCGAGCGCCAGCGAUCAGAAACUUCCCAGGCAAAAGAAAAGACCUUCACUUGAAGACCACGCCUUCUUCCUCGAAGAUCCUUUCAAUGACGAUGCUUUAAGCACUGCCCAGAUUAAUCAGAUUAUUCUGACGCAUGGAUUCAGAAGAACACACAAGCGCUCCAAGAGCAACACGGCGAUUGACGCUGGAAGACAAUUUAUCGCCGUACGAUGACGCAUCACUCUCGCUCGGUGAAGCAAAACAAGACUUGGAAUCUUUGAAAUGGCAGGAGUGUUCAGACCAAUCUAUCGAGACCGUGCUUUUCAAACACAAAACCAGUGAUGAAGUCAAAUCCAACGGUCAUGACGAUGCUUUCAAGAGUUUUGUGCGGUCGUCACAAGAAGAGGAGAGAUCUAGGAGGAUGAGAGGUGUGAGUAGCAUUGUGGAUGAUAGUGAUGCGAUGCAUGGGCGUCCUGGUGGCUGUACUGACGUGGCUGUUGGCUGUGUAAAAUGUAAAUCAGUGGGGUCCGUUUUUGUACGUCGAUACUUUUUCACCAAAUUAUAA